AAGUGGUGUUGGUACGAGGAGAGGUGGUUGAAUUUUUUUUUCGUGUGAAGAUUUUGUGUGUGGCUAAGAAGGCAAAAUGAAGUUCUUUGGUGUCUUGACCCUCUUUGUGGUGGGUGUGAUGUGUGGUGAAAGGGCUCGCUUUGACCAUUAUCGCGUGUAUUCCGUGCCUAUUGAGACGGAGGAGCAAUUGCGUCUGCUACAGGAGAUCGAUGCGAACCCUAAUGGGUACGAAUUGUGGGAUUACCCAAGUGCCACAGGGAUGGCCAUUCAAGUCAUGGUGCCACCCCACAAGAGAGCGGAUUUUGCCGAAUUAACCGCCAAUUGGGCCAACGUACACUUGGACGUUGAGAACCUCCAAGAGAAAUUUGAUGAAGAGCAACCCCGAAUAAUGCCAAGGAGUUUUGGUUGGGACUCAUACCAUACCCUUGCUGAAAUAUAUGAGUGGUUGGACGUUAUGGCGUAUGCCCACUCAUCGGUAGCACGGGUUGUUGUUGGUGGUGUGAGUCACGAGGGACGAGAAAUUCGAGGACUGAGGAUUUCAUAUAAAUCAGGAAAUCCGGGUGUAUUUAUCGAAGCGGGUAUUCAUGCUCGAGAAUGGAUUGCCGAUGCUACCGCCACAUUCAUCAUCAAUGAGCUUCUCACCUCAACUAAUCCUGACAUCCAAGAUAUUGCCCGCAACUACGAUUGGUACAUCUUUCCCGUUGUCAAUCCCGAUGGUUAUGUAUACAGCCACACCACUAAUCGGAACUGGAGGAAGACGAGGAGACCAUCGUCAUCUGUAUGCUUCGGAGCUGAUGCUAAUCGCAAUUGGGGUUACAAUUGGAUGCAGGGUGGUGCCAGCAAUAAUCCGUGCUCAGACACCUUUGCCGGAGAUUCAGCAUUCUCAGAGGUGGAAACGAGAACUCUUUCGAAUUACUACUCAUCGCUCUCCGGAAUAUCCACCUACAUCUCCCUCCAUGCCUACGGUCAGAUGCUUCUUGUACCUUUUGGCCAUACCACAGCUCCUCUUGGCAAUUAUCACGAUCUGGUGGCAAUUGCCAGUAAAGCCGUUGCCAAGCUCGCCGAACGCUAUGGCACAAGAUACACGUACGGGAAUAUUGCUGAGACCAUUUACAUUGCCUCAGGCGGUAGUAUCGAUUGGAUUAAGGGAGCCAAGGGAACGGGAUUGGUCUACUGCUACGAACUGCGUGAUACAGGACGAUAUGGCUUCAGCCUGCCUGCCAAUCAAAUAAGGCCGACAGGUCAAGAGACACUGGACUCCCUUGUUGUUAUCCUGCGUGAGGGAGCAAACAUGGGAUACCAUUGAACUAAAGCCCCAGUCAUCACCUUCACAAUGUGACUCCUUUGUCCACUAUAUAUAGAACAUUUCUUCUGAAUAAAGUGGCCACUGGUAUUCAUGGGCUAGUGGGAAUGAAAUGCUGAA